AUGACUCAACCUAAUUUAUAUUUCAUCUCUUUAGUAAGCGGUGGCUGUGCUGGCACUGCUACCGAUCUUACCUUCUUCCCUAUAGACACUUUGAAGACCCGGUUACAGGCCUCGGGAGGAUUUUUCAAUAAUGGUGGCUUCAAAGGACUAUAUAAAGGACUAGGCUCGGCUCUAGUAGGUUCUGCUCCCUCUGCCUCCUUAUUUUUCAUCACUUAUGAUACUGCAAAAAGGUAUUUUCAUAGAGUUCUUCCUGCCUAUUUCAAUAAGGAGUCUACUGCUUUUAACGUUGCUCAUAUGAUCAGUGCUUCUAUGGGGGAGAUCGCUGCGUGUACGGUUCGUGUUCCUGUUGAAGUGAUCAAACAGAGAACACAAUCUCUGCAAUUUAGAACUUCCUGGGAAUCGUUCAAAUAUUUAACAUCCAAUAAGUCCGGUGAAGGUGUUUUACGUGGGCUCUACAGAGGUUAUGGUACUACCAUUAUGAGGGAAAUACCCUUUACGGUAAUUCAAUUUCCUCUCUAUGAAGGUUUGAAGGCUCGCUGGGCUUCAUAUGAUCAUGUCGAUAGGUUGCCGGCUGGAAAGGGUGCCGUAUGUGGCUCUAUAGCUGGAGGUAUUGCUGCCGCUGUCACCACUCCAUUGGAUGUGCUUAAAACUAGACUUAUGCUAAAUAAAGAAAGGAUCGGUGCCAGGCAUAUGAUCAAAAAGAUGAUCCGUGAAGAAGGAGCUAAGGUGUUUUUCAGUGGUAUUGGUGCAAGAACCAUAUGGAUCAGUGCUGGUGGUGCCAUCUUUCUAGGGGUAUACGAAGUUGUUAGUUCAACAAUGUAUGAGCCAAAGUAG